AUGAACUUCAGAAACCUUUUCCUGUCCUUCUUCUUGGUCCUGGCGGUCGGGUUCGCCCUCGUACACGCCGAAGAGGCCAAGCCUCGGGGCCCGAAGAUUACCAGUAAGGUUUACUUCGAUAUCGAGCAUGGCGAUAAGCCCUUGGGCAGAGUUGUCCUUGGUCUGUAUGGCAAGACUGUUCCCAAGACCGCUGAGAACUUCCGGGCUCUUGCUACCGGUGAGAAGGGCUUCGGUUAUGAGGGUUCUACUUUCCACCGUGUCAUCAAGGACUUCAUGAUUCAGGGUGGUGAUUUCACUCGCGGUGAUGGUACCGGAGGCAAGUCCAUCUAUGGCGAGAAGUUCGAGGAUGAGAACUUCAAGCUUAGGCACACUCGCAAGGGUCUUUUGAGCAUGGCCAACGCCGGCAAGGACACCAACGGAUCUCAGUUCUUCAUCACCACUGUCCCCACUCCUUGGCUCGACGGCCGUCACGUUGUCUUCGGCGAGGUGCUCGAAGGUUACGAAUUUGUCGCACAGAUUGAGAACGUGCCCAAGGGCCGCGGCGACAAGCCCGUGGAGACGGUCAAGAUCGUGAAGAGCGGCGAGCUGCCGGUGGAGGAGAAGGCCGAAGAGAAAGGUAGCAGCCACGAGGAGUUGUAGACUGGCCUUCCUGCGGUCUGCGCUUGCUUCUAGAAGAGUAAAGUCUGCGAUGUGCUGAUAUCUGCUGUGUAAAGAAGAAAUGAUCUCGGAGAUCCCGUCACAACCUUCGGCAACUCCUGUGGCUCCUGCGGUUGCCUCCCUCAUCACUUCUGACAGCUACCCUUAUAUUUACCCGAAAAUCGCGGCCCUCGCUCUUGUCGUUGGCCUGCUGCUGAUCUUGAUCAAGCGCAGCACCCCAGGACAGCGAGAGAAGGCUGAGAGAAGUGUUGUUUAAGAUCGAUGACGGACGCUCCGCCAUGCAGCAACGGAUUCGUACUCCAUAGCUUACUAUAAUCAUUCAAAAAACUAGUGCAACCAUGAUUCCAUCCCUC